UUCACGUUUUUAUUGAUGCGAUAGCAUGGUACCGCAUGGAAAUUAUUUAGUUUUUGUGGAAUGUACAUGUUGCUUCUAGAUUUCUUUAAUAAAAUAUUACAAAAUGCCGUUUUUGUGGGAUGAUGUGACGGUGGAGGGUUUACAAUUCGUCGUUUUGCCCUUUGAGGUUAUCCAAGAUGAGCGGCUCAAAAGUGUUUUAUUACAACUAGAGAAUAAUACUAAAGAACAUGAACAGAAAGAGUUUAUGAAAGAAAUUCUGGAUUUUUGCAACAAUAAGGAUAAUAUUAAUUCGGAAUUAAUCUGGUCCAUCAUGGAUCUUCUCAUUAAGUACAGUUCAAAAAAGGUUUUAAAGAAAUAUCUCCUGGACAUUAUUACAAAAAAUGAAUUAACAGAUGUUGUUAUUAUACAUACUGUUUCCCAUAUUUUCUCCGCAAUUCAAGUACACAAAAUAUGCAACAUCAAACUGGUCACAGACUUCUUAAAUUUCAUAUAUAUCAUUCAAAAUUCGACCACAUUCAAUAAUGAUCUAAAUAAAUAUUUGUUUCCAUUAUAUGUUGCUCUUUAUGAUGGGUUCGUGCAUCAACUGAAGUCAAAUGUUACAAAUGUCUCAUCAUUGUUGGAAAUGAUCAAUAUUGUCCUCAAGCAGAUUUUAUCGAUUUUUGUUAGGGAUGUUCCAUAUAUUAAGACAGUAUCAGAAAAGUUCAGGACGAAACUUAUUUUACUGUCUCAUCAAGUUAUCGUUUGUGAGAAAGUUGGAUUCGAUAUUAAAACCAAAGCUGGACUAAUUUUAGCACAUUCCUUCCAAGUAGUUCCUGAAGAACUGUUAGAUAGUGUGAAACAUAAAGAUUGUAUCGCCUUAGAACUGUUAGAAGAAUAUAAUCCAGAAAAGAAACUGUUAUUAGGAGACCACGAAUUGAGUGUUUUUACAGAAUGUGAACAAUUAGUGAUUAUUUAUGGAUCUAUUUUGAAUGUUGUGCCAAAAGAAAAGAUGUGUCAAGUUAAAAUCAGUGAUAAGACGUUAUUGUGUUUGGUAUAUGAAGGUCUUCUCGAAUGUGCUAAAAAAUCGACCAGUAUUUCUCAUCUUAUAGUCGAAAUCAGUAGGACUCUCUCUAUCAUUAGUAAACAUAUGAAAAACGUACCUGCGGAGCAUAUAGAACCUCUCUUCGUUCAAGGGAUCUCGUUUGUGUGGUCCCACAUUGAACACUUCGUAGACAGUGUUCGGAACUAUACCAGGCAGUUUUUCGCGGAGCUUGUGGUCAUUGCAGCUAUUCAUAACAAUAAUGGUUGUCCUCAACUAUUGAACAAUCUAAUAGAAAACAUAAAACUCGCCGGUACUAAACAAAAAUUCAAAUUCGUCGCAUUAGAGCUCAUCUCCUCCCACAUCGGCUGUGAAUAUCUCUUGGAGCAGUUUAAAAAUCUCGUAGAAGAUCUUCUGAAAGUAAUCUCGGAGCCCACCAUCUCAGAGGAGGUUUGUAAAACGUACAUGGCUAUGAUGGAAAAACAUUUCCAAGAAAUCGACGCGGAGACCUGGAUAAGCACGUGGAUAACUCCACCUACGAGGCUGUUAACCAUAUGCUCGCAUUGUACUCCGUUGUGUCAGAAGAUUAUUACGAGGGCCUUCCAGUUACAUCCUGCAGUUUUACGAAUCGUUUUUCCCAAUGAUUACAUAGGUAACAUACAGGAAUGUGGUGUUCUAUUAAAAUGUUUACAAUACGCGCGCCAAAAUGGCAUGGAGCUAACGAUGGACAAUAAAGAAAACACCUCUCUGUACUGGCGCGGAUUGAUAGACAAAGAAAAACUCGAAAAUUUUAUGAUCCAUCAAAAAGAAGAGAUACGAGUUUUUGUAUUGGCAGCGCUGGUAGAAAGCCAAAAAACAACCGAAAUUUUCCUAAACUGGGAAUUAAAAUACCUGCUGAAAUAUUUGUGUUACAACAUCACUUCGCAAAUUCCGCACGUCAGGAAACAAAUAUCGUCGUACUACAAAAAAGCCCUGUUCAGGUUCAACGCCGGUUCCCAAGUUAUCACAAGAAAUAUAGGUUUGUUGAAAAGAAAAGUCGAGGCGGGUGACACAUUCCAAGAGACGCUCAACGCGCUGACAGUCUACCAAGAACUCGGCGAGUCCUACACCAAGUUUCUGCAACAUUUCACGAAGUAUCUCAUCGGGAAUCUAACGUUCGAUUCGAACUUUCCGAGGAGGUCGAUCAGUUUAGAGUUGUUAUUGUUUAUCCAUUGUUUUGUAAGUGUAGAACAAUGGCAGAAGUUUUGGACCGAGGACGAUGUUAAGAACUGCCACAGCAUUUUGUUCGACACGUACGAAUCGAAUAAGAAAAUGGCGGCUAUCCUGUUGCAUAAUUUACCUUUCAGCCAUAUUGGAUUCACGAAUGUAGAAUUCACUUUCAAAUACAUGCAGCGAUGUUUGAACCUCGCCUUGGAUAUCAAACCGGUGAAGACUGUCUCUGCAGCGUAUUUGCUCCAAGUGUGCGCAAAGUCGCCGUUUUUCUACGACGUCGUACAGUACGAUAAGGAAACUCGGGAACAAGAUCACGAUCCCACUUUGGAUAUGCUGGUUGUGUUAACGGGGAAGCUAAUCACUCAAACGAACAUCGAACAAGACGUCGUUAAUAAAAAAGUCUGUUGUUAUGGCUUGUUUUUAAGCAUCAGACAUAUUUUGCAGAGCAGAGAUAUAAGGAAAAACAACAAGGAAUACGCAGGCCUCUUCUAUCAUCUCACCUCUUUGUGCCUUAAACUCAAAGACCACAUAAUGCCGAUAGUGUGCAAUCCAUCUCCGGAAGGCUAUCUACCAGAUUCCUUCGAAAUAAUCAACGAAUCAGACGAAUCUACCAAAGCGCAGAUGGUUCUGGUGUACGCGUGGAGAUCGAUGAAAGAAAUGACACUACUGUUGGCCGAACUCAUCAGACAAACCAUCAAAUUGGAGAAGGAAUGCGUAACGUUGCCACUGAGUGUCAUGAUCAAAAUUGGGGAGUUCUUUUGGGAUGUUUUUAUAACUAGCAAACAUAAGGGAGUCUUUGAGCAAGCUUAUGUUGGUUUUUGUGUGAUAUGUGAUUCGUUUUGGAGAUCGUCUAAUCAACUUUUGAACUGCCUUCCUCCUAUUUGGCUCGAGGACGCCUUGAUGUUAUGUACUGGAGCCAAACAGUCCGAUAAAUUGUGUGCAACAAGGAGAAGUGCCGGACUUCCUUUUUUAAUACUCUCUAUCAUCAGUUCCGAACCAGUUUUCGACAAAAGCAGAUUCCACUUCUCCAUAACGUUACUUCUGGAUGCCUGUAAGAACGUCGAAACAGAAAAUGACGAACAUAGGAUGCAUUGCAUGAAUGUUCUGCGUGCGAUGUUCCGUCACAGUCGACUGGGAGAAAUGGUCACGGCCUAUAUCGCACAGGGAGUCAUCGUGGCCAUUACUGGAUUUCAAAGCGAAACUUGGGGGGUUAGGAACUCAGCUACUCUGUUGUAUGCCGCACUGAUAACGAGGAUGUUCGGUGUACAAAGAACGCAAGACUCUGACGAUCUGUCUCUAAAAAAUAGGCUAACAGUUCGAGUAUUCUUUUUGAGAUAUCCCGAAUUGUUUCAGUUUUUGUUAGAAACGUUGACGAAUGAGAGUAGUAAAAGCGAUAGUCUUCUAUUACAUCCAGUAUUAAUGAUUUUAGCUAGGUUGUAUCCAUCGCAUUUUGAAGAGUAUAAUACACAGAUGGAUAAAUACGUGCCACACUUGACGACUUGUCUGUCUAAUUCCGUAUAUAGGACGAGAGAUUUAGCCGCCUGGGCCACAGUUCCUUUUAUUCGCAGCGAUCAAAUUUCUAGUCAUUUAAAUAGUAUAUUUGAUAGAUUAAGUCAAUCGGAUGUUAAAGAUAACGAAACACAUGGCUGUUUACUACUGGUGUUAUAUAUUAUAAGAUCAAAUUCUACUGUGCCUGAGAUUCCAAUUAGUGAUUACCUUGAAAAGACUGUUAAGAUAUUACAAUUCGCUGGCAAAAAGUUUAGUCACAUGACAGCGUCCCUUUACCUGCAAUUGGUUAUGCUCAUACUUACCAAAUAUCCAAAUUAUCAAGACUUAGACAUGCUGAGAAACCUCGUAAAAAUUCUAUCGAGACAAAUAACUUCCAACAUAGAGCCAGUAACUUCGUUAAGUAAAUAUUGCCAAGUUCGACUCUCGUUACUUUUUUAUAUAGUAAUAAACAAAUUCGAAGAAACAGAUUUGACGUAUUCGACGGUGACGAAUCAAAUUAUAUGUCAACUCUACGGACAUGAUCUCGAGAUGAGGAAGUUUUGUCUUAAUUUGCUAAUAUAUUUGAAUCAGGUGCAUACAGGAUACAAGCACAGUUUAUACCAAACCGAAGAAAUCCAAAUACCACCAGAAGUCAGAUUCUUGGGUAACACCUUCGACAGAAAGUCAAUCGCAAAAAUCCUCACCAGCACCCACCAAUAUCUCAAAAAGUUCCUAGUAGAAGAAAUCAAACACCAUCAAUACGUAAGGGAGGAGGAUCAAGUCUUGUUGUUCUUGCUGCUGAACUAUUAUCCGUGCGCCAUUAAGUGUUUGAACACGAACAAACAAGAAACGUUGGACAUGUUGCUCGAAUUGUGUAGUUGUGAUAAUACCGAAGACGUGAUCAGUGCUGUGAUUAGUUGUAUCAGCACGUUUUUGCUGCACCUGGACUACAACGUGCUGAAGUACGAGGUUUUGGUGGCAGUACUGGCGGAUAGCGCUUCGCCGGCAGCAAGUGAUUUUAGGAGACUGGCAGUUUGUGAUUUUUUGGCUAAAAAUUAUAUUUUAUAUUGUAAUGAAGACAGUAUUUUAAUUACACAUGAUCUCCAUAUGGUAUUACAUAUAAUACUGGUUUUGUUAGAAGAUGACGAGUUGAUAGUGAGGAACGCUAUGAGUGAGUUUGCGACGGUUCUGAAAGUGAAAGUAUUCCUGGGAAGUUGCGCCAAUAAACAACAAACCAUAUCCGGAAAGAAAUGGCCAGUGAUAGCAGAAAAAGCCAGAGAGGAUCUAUUAAACUUGAGUUCCAUAAUUCUUCCGAAAGAUGGUGCCAUUUGCUUUUUAUUUUCGUGGUGCUGUCGCCAUUUUCCGGAUUCAUCCAGUAAUGACGUCUCCGAGGUAUUUGAACGGGGUGAACUAAAUUCUUACGCCGAAAACAUUCCAUUCAUGGAUCUGUGCGCGGAAGUUCUGCACAAGCUCCUAUGGACCCUCGAAGACGGAUUGAGCUACGAAGACAAAUCCAUAUUUAUCGAGGAGCAUACUCUGCUCGUCACCACGAUGCUUCUCGAUGCGCUGGUGAAGCAUUCGUCUCCGAUGAUGUUGUACAAAACCAAAGUGUCUGUGAUAUGUGCUUUAAAGUCGACUGUUAAAUUUUUAGAGCGCUACGAAAUAAAUACAAAUUUUAUAGAUGAAUUUAGGACGUAUUUGAACGAGACGAUCAUUGGUUACUUGACCAAGCAGGUAGAGCACAAUGAUCUGUUUCAUAUCAAAUGGAUUAUCAAGAAGAUUUAUGAUCCGGUCUUGAGACAUAAAAGGCCGACGGUUUGAUUAUGUUUUUUGUUUUUAUGUUAACCAGAACUCGGUACAGAUACCGUUUUUAUAGACUUUUAAGUUUUAUCGAAAUUUUAUUGUAGCAUAGACGUCAUGGAGAAUGGAACUCAAAAAUUCCCUUAUAGUCUGGGCAGAUUAUCGGAGAAUAGGCCAUUUUUGAGAAAAGUUAUUUACCAGCAAUUUCAUUGCUGGAAUCGAAUCUUAUGAUUGUAUAUUGUAUAUAUUAAUAAUAUAGGUAUGUAAAGUCCGCAGAUGGUGUGCUACUUUUUUAUAAAUAAAAUGGCGCCCAAAAAUCGUGUUUUUUUUUCAAUUUUUGCUCUAUAACUCCAAAACUUUUAACUUUACAGCAAAAACACCCAAAUAAAAAUUCACCGAAACUAAAUUCUGCAUAGAGACGUGUUUUUUCCGAUUUACUUCGACGAAAAUUUUCCCCGGAAAAUGCGGGUUUUUCCAACAAAAUCUUUAAUUUUCAACUAAAAUUUUAGAUAAGUAAUUGUUUAUCAAUAAUUAAAUAACUUGGUAAUAUAAAGUUUUUUUCGUAUAGAUUAUAAUUCCAGAAGCCGAUGAAAAUUGAAUGAACAGUUUAGCAACAAUUGAAUUGUUAAUUAAAAAUUGACUUAUCUAAAAUUUUAGUUGAAAAUUAAAGAUUUUGUUGGGAAACCCCGCAUUUUCCGGGGAAAAUUUUCAUCGAAGUAAAUCGGGAAAAAUACGUCUCUAUGCAGAAUUUAAUUACGGUGAAUUUUUAUUUGGGUGUUUUUGGUGUAAAGUUAAAAUCUUUGGAGUUAUAGAGCAAAAAUUGAAAAAAACACGAUUUUCGGGCGCCAUUUUGUUUAUAAAAAAAGUAGCACACUAUCUGCGGACUUUGCAUACCUCUAUUAUUAAUAUAUACAAUCAUAAGAUUCGAUUCCACCAAUAAAAUAGCUAGUAAAUAACUUUUCCUUGUAUUUUGUUAAUUAGCCCAGAGUAUUAUAGUCCACAGUAAAUCGUCCUUUUGGAAGAUGAUUACAAAAGUCUUAACUGCUUCGUUUGAGCGAGUCUACCACUUUCUGAACAAUUUUAAAGUGCAGUUUGGACGCGUUUACGCGUCCCGCGUUAUUAACAUAUUUACAAAAACGAAUAAAAUCCUUUAUAAAAGGUAUAUUUGUUAAAAUCCCUAAAAAGGACUACAUCACAGAACUAGUUUUCGAUCUGAUGACCGAUCAUCAUCAGUGCUUACCUGAUUCUAACAUGCUAAUCACCAAAAUACAAAAAUAUGUGGGUAAAAACCCUUUGCAAUUGAUCCGUCAUGGAAACAUAGAUAAAAUAAUAAUAAUAAUAAUAAUAUUUAUUUCGAAAAUUGUACAUACAUAUAUACAGAGACACAUACAUAUACGCAGAGCGAAAUAUUCGUCAACAUAAAAAAACAAAAUUAAAAUUACAGAAAUGCUGUUAAAUAUUAGAAUUCAUAAAAUCUAUUACCUGAUAUGGUUCAAUCUGCAAUAGUAAUUUACGCACAGCUUUUUUAUAUUGAGUUAAUUGUGUUAUUUUUCUAAUGUCGUGGGGCAAUUUAUUAAAUAAUCUCAUGCAAGAAUAUUUGGCCCCCUUCUCUGUCACAGUUAAUCUGUGAAUAGGAUAAAUAUAUUUAAUCUCCCUAUUGUAACAAUGUGUAGGUAGAUUCAUUUCAAACAGAUAUUUAUUUCUAAAGAGGAAUAGUAGACAUUCCUCGAUAUAUAUUGCAGGUACUGUUAAAAUAUUAUUAGAUUUGAAAACUCCUCUGCAAGACGCUCCGAAUCUCAUUUUUUUAAUAAUUCUUAGCACUCGUUUCUGACAAAUAAAUAUUUUAUCAAGUUCAUUGCUUCCACCAUAAAAAAUUGCUCCAUAACGGACUAAAGAUUCAAAAUUUGAAAAAUAAAUUGUUUUUAGGUCAUCUUCACUUAAAUAUUGCGAUAAUACUCUAAAAGUAUAGCAUACUAAAUUCAACCUUUUAUUAAGUUGCUGUAUGUGACUUUCCCAUGACAAUGUUAUAUCAAUUGUCAUGCCUAAAAAUGUAGUUUUAGUGCCAAAUUCAACGUUUGUAUUAUCUAACAGAAAAUUAUUUGGACAUUCCACAUUUGAUCUAGUUGUUCUAAAAAUUAAACAAUUCGUUUUUUGUUUAUUAAUAAUUAAUCCCUCACUGGAGAACCACUUAGACAUUUCUUCAUAAAUAUCAACAGAUUCAUUUAGUAGAAUUUCCAAAUGAUCUCCCGUUACCAGAACAUUCGUAUCGUCAGCAUAAUUAAUUAGACUACAGUUGUUACUAGUAAUACAAUGCGACAUAUCAUUUAUAUACAAAAUGAAAAUUAUCGGUCCAAUUAUGUUUCCCUGAGGAAUGCCUAAUUGUAUAGGUCUAAUUUCGGAUUUAACAUUCUUAUUAUCUUUUGUUAAAAUUACUCUUUGUGAUCUUCCUGAUAAGAACGAUUUAAACCAAUUAUGAGCUACCCCUUUUACACCAUAUAAGUUUAGUUUUUUCAGUAAUAAUUCGUGAUUCACACAAUCAUAUGCUUUUGUUAAAUCUAGAAAUAACCCUAGUACAACCUCAUUCUGUUCUAGUGAUUGUAAGACAUUUUGAGUGAAUUGAUAUAUUGCUGUAUGUGUCCCUUUGCCCUUUAGAUAUGCAUGUUGACUAUUAUGAAAUACAUUGUUUUGUAACAUAUUUUAUUGUUAUUUUUUUUUUAUUAUUACAAAAUAUGUGAACUUCAACAUGAAUGUCUAAAAUAUCCAACUCCAGGUACCAUUUGAGCUCAAAAUUGACUUGUUCACAUGUUGACUAUAUGGUAGCAAGUAGUCAACAUGUGAAUUUUGAGCUCAAAUGGUACCUGGAGCAUAAUACAUUGGAUAUUUUAGACAUCCAUGUUUAAGUUCACAUAUUUUAUCUAUGUUUCCAUGACGGAUCAAUUGUAAAGGGUUUUUACCUACAUACAGUCGGAAAAAUGAAAGAAUACCCAUGAACGAUCACAUCAAUCACAUAUUUUGUAUUUGCUUUUUUUUUAUGUGAUUGAUGUGAUUGUUCAUUGGUAUAGGGCUUUUCAUUCACAGUCAUUUGUUUCGAGCUUCUGUCAUGUGUCACAUAAUAUUAAAAUAUCUACGUCAUACGUUAUUGGUAUAACCAAUGAUACAAACCAAAGACGUAUGACGUAGAUGUAUUAAUAUUAUGUGACACAUGACAGAAACUCGAAACAAAUGACAAUCGAUGAAAAGCCUUAUUCUUUCAUUUUUCCGACUGUAUUUUUGUAUUUUGUGGUUAGCAUGUUAGAAUCACGUAAACACUGAUGAUGAUCGGUCAUCCGAUCGAAAACUAGUUCUGUGAUGUAGCCCUUUUUAGGGAUUUUAACAAAUAUACCUUUUAUAAAGGAUUUUAUUCGUUUUUGUAAUAUAUGCUAUACAGCCAACAACAGGAAAACUUUUUCCUCGUGGAUUUUUAAUAUAUUUACGUUGUCGGACUAACGAAACGCGGCUGUAAAUUUGUCGGAGAAGAGAUCGACAAUCUUUAUUAAUUAAAUAUAGGUACU